GAUACAAAUUACCAGUGUUUAUAUAUCGUCUGUAUAUAAUUGUAAACUACCAUCAAAGAUCACACUUCAACGAUGUUGCGACUGGGUCUUGCAGUUUUGGUGAUUGUUUCAUCAGCGGAAUGUUGGCCGGCGAGCAAGGAGCAUGGGGUGCUUUUGGAAAGAUUGAGGCGGUCACCUCACUAUUGUGAUCCUGAUCCGCAACCAAUAUGGCCAGCACCACAGCCACCAUCACCGGCACCAGGACCUACUCCAUCAUCACACGUAUUCCCCCUACCAGCUCCAAUAUUCCCACCGCCGUUUUGGCGAGGCCACCACCAUCACCACCGCUACUACGAGCCUCAGAGGUACCAGGAACAAAACAUCCGAAACUUGGAAAAUGAUAGCAACAAUCCGCCCUGUGACAGUUGCGAUGAAAACAAAAAACCAAAGAAUACAGCAAUCAGCAACGCGCAGAGUGAAACGGGGAACGCCGUCGCCAUAGCUCUGUUAAGAUCCUAAAAAAAAUAAUUACACUGCAAAACUUUAAUCAUAUUUUCAAUUAAUAUAUUUUGAUAUACAUCAAAGUAAUGUGUAAAUGUUAUAUAGAUAUAGUUUUUAUGUUUCAUUUUAUGAAAGCAAUUAAAUGGACGGAUAAAUUAAUAGCUAUGGAAUUUUAGUUUCAAUUACUAUAAUUUAAAUAUUAAAUAAGUUUCUAGUAUCUACAUCAUUAUGGAUAUAC